AUGCCGCACGAGAUGGAUGAGAACAGUGCUGAGGUCUCAGAUGUUAUGUCUGAGAACGAGGACGACACGGAAACUUUUCUUAAGGACGACGACGAGAAAAUGACCGACCAGAGCCCUACUGAGAGCAGCGCAGAGGUCAAGAAGAAGUACGACCCUAAGGACCCCUUACGCCCAAGGAGGAAAAAGGCACGAAGGGCCUGCUUUGCGUGCCAAAGGGCUCAUCUAACUUGUGGGACUCAAGCUAACACCUUUGCAGGAGAUGAGAGACCAUGCCAGAGGUGCAUCAAGCGAGGUCUCGCUGAUGCAUGUCAGGAUGGUGUCCGCAAGAAGGCCAAAUAUCUUCAUGAUGCUCCUCCAGAAGCCCUUCGGCCCGUUCUGGGGCCUAAUUACAACCCCAAUCCCAAUCCUACACCCUCACGGCCCAGCAUUCGGCGCCAGGAUUCAAAUGCAAGCCAGUCAGAUAACUUGUCAGCAAAUGGAAGCAACUAUUUCUCUCAGGCGAGCACUACAACUCUGCCUGUUUUCUCGACAGGAGCGCAAACGCCCGUGGGUAUCGAUGGGCUACCUUUUAAUCCUCAAGCAUCUCCGACAUCCUUCCAGGCUCCAAUUAGCAGCACACAUGCCCCCCUGAGCAACAUAAUACCUACCGGCAACAUGGACUUCAACGCCUUGUUCGACCCCAGCAAUCCUGCCCUGUACAAUUUUGAUCUGGAAGGACUCAACUUUGGCAGUCAGUAUGCGGGCUGGGAAUUUGGCAUUCUUAAUAAGAUGGCCUUGGGGGCCGAGACACCCCCUCGGGAGAAUUCCAUAUCGCAAACGCCGACAACUGAGAGCACGUAUGCAGCUUUGUUCGGCAAUGCGAACGGAAACGGAAACGGCUUUGAUCAUCCCAUGUUAGGGGCAGAAUUCUCGGGUAUGGACCAAAAUAAUCAAUCCCUAUAUGCUCAGGGAAAUCUCCAGCACGGACUUCCCCAUGCUUAUGCUAUUGCAGCUGGGCCGACCAGCCUUGCCAGCCCAAGUACAGAUGCUACGGCUAGCCCCCAUUCUGUUGCGGGCAUGGAAGGCUCGCCAGGUCAUAAUUUUUCUGGAAUUCCUACAGUUCCUGGUGUGCAACGACACAGAGCGAAGAAUGCUAGACAAGCUCCCAAAUCUUAUCUCGGCAAGCGACAGAGGGACUCUGCCGCUAUUUACGAGAGUGUAAAGGAGCCGUAUCCCUACACAACGGGAUUUCACAACAUGGUGGCCGUGUUACGAAAUCGUCUACCUGGCAACAAGCUACUAAGAAUCGCCAAAGCCUUGGGAGAGAUUCGGCCGUCAUUUAUAUCGUGUACGAAAGACUUGACCCGGCAGGAUCUCAUUUUCAUGGAAAAGUGCUUCCAGAGAACACUUGUCGAGUAUGAUGACUUCCUACAACACUGCUGCGCACCAACAAUCGUCUGUCGAAGAUCUGGCGAGGUUGCUGCUGUCAACAAGGAAUUUAUCGCGCUGACAGGGUGGACAAAAGAGGUGUUGCUCGGGAAAGAGCCAAAUCUCAACAUUAAUACGUAUAGUGGGCGUUCAACCAAUGGUUCCAACACGCCAGACAACAAUGCCCAGGGAGACAUGCCAACUCCUCGUCCCCAAAAGGCUACUCUUGAUAACAGCAGCGGGCGACCCCAACCUGUGUUCCUGGGUGAGCUACUGGAUGACGACAGUGUUGUGGAGUUCUAUCAAGAUUUCGCGGAAUUGGCCUUUGAGGACAGCCGCGGUAAGGUACAGAGAAGCUGUCGACUCAACAAAUACCGGUCAUCCCAAAGUCUAGACAUGAAGUCAGAACAUGGUUCUCAAAAGGACAUGCAGCCUAGCAUUUUGAGCAGCCGAGUUACGCGGAUUGACAGCGAACACGGUAUAUCGCGAAUCGAAAGGGACGGCAAGGUCGAAUGUACCUACUGUUGGACCAUCAAGCGGGACGUUUUCGACAUUCCCAUGAUGAUCAUCAUGAAUUUCUUGCCACGAUACCUACCGGACCACGGGCCCCAGCAGCUGGCAGUCUAG